AUGAUCAAAGUUAAUGGAAGUAUGAUUACGGAGGAAAAUCAACUCUUAGAGAAAAAGAAACCGUUGGUUGCUUUAAAUCUUAAUGAAAUUCUUGAAGUGAAACUUAUAAACCCUCUAACACCGAAGUAUGCACUUACGAUUAAUACACCAUAUCGUAUUGAAAAUGAACACCCGUGUUUGACAUAUAAAGAUUUUAAAGUUUUAUCAACAGACAAUUUUAAAAGGAGAAAUGCAAUCAGAGAAACAUGGGGAAAUUCAAGUUUUUAUUCAAGUUAUGGAACAGCCAAAGUGAUGUUUCUCUUAGGAAGACCAAUUAAUAGUUAUGUACAGAAUAAUAUUCAGAAGGAGUUUGAGCUUAAUAGAGAUGUACUUCAAGGUGAUUUCAUAGAUACCUAUCAUAACUUGUCUCACAAAACUGUAAUGGGCUUCAAAUGGUUGACAGAACGUUGUAGAAAUGCUAAAUAUAUAAUAAAAACGGACGAUGAUAUUGUGCUGAAUAUGUGA